AUGGAGCUGUUCUCUGAAAGUGUUAAACGUUGGGGAGACCUUUUUAUGAAGCACAUUAAACAAGUUGGAAAUGUUUUCUCAAAAAUUGGUUUUCCCUUUUCGAGACGCUUGCAACUAACAAUAGCACGGAUACCAAUCACAAUAUUUCUCAAAACUUUAAAGAAUAUGAAGAAGAGUGGGGAACGGUGGAGAAAAAUGGCCGAAAUCGCUUAUUCCUUUUGUUUGAUUGCCAAAGCCGAGGACAUAAUACUUGAUUUAAUGAUGAUUAGUGUCCUCGACGAGGAUCAAUUCUUAAAGAUUACGGAGGCCAACCAACAUUAAAUGCAUCUAUAAAUUAACCGGAUUAAUAUUCUCAUCAUUAUCUUAAUUGAAUUCAUCUAUUCCAAAAUGCCUUAAAGUGAAAUAUAUUGUUAUUGUUGACGUAAUAAAGUUACCUAUCACGACAUCAAGAAUUGUUUUGUAUACUGACCCACAAACGAUGGAUUUUCUAUAACCCUGUCAUUCAUUUGUACUUUGUAAUUAGCAAAUUAAAUUUCUGAUAAGGCAUUCGACUCUGUUAUUAAGAUGUUAUAGUUAACACGUCUCAGCUUUAAGGCCUCCUGAUUUUAGCAAUAUAAAUAUAUGUCGCCAAACUUACUGGUCUUUGAAAGUA